UACCAUCUCUUCUUCGCACGUCUAUAAUACAACAUGGCCGGUGUUUUCAAGACUUUGAAAACCCUCUUUAUGGGAUCUGACGAUGAGGAGAAAGAAGAAUGCAAUAGUGAUAAUGAAUGGAUUAAGGAUUCUAACCAGCCCCUCGUUAAACAGGUGCUCAUCAGACAGUAACAGUUCUAUCUACAAGUGAAGUCAAUGCUAAAAUCUAUUGUAUAGGCCUAAUAUAAUAUAAUUUGAAAGAGGGAAAAGGUUUGCACGUUGUAAUAUUCCUGACUCUCCGACACGGUAGGAUGAAAGACUCUCCGACACGGUAGGAUGAAACUUUGCUGCACAGGGGAGGGGUAUUUCUGGUGUAAUUUUUCAUAAAACUAUGUCAGUAGUGUAAAGUAGGCUAUAUUGUAACUUUUGUUCACCUUUCUUUUAAAUUGAGUAAAUUACUAUUGAUUAUAUUGGGUUAGGUUAGCCGAUGACCCGAAGACAAUACAACUGGUGCAUCAUAUAGAGAUUUUUGCUCAUAAGAGUAAUAUUUUUUUAAAAUAAUUUCUUUUUCGAAAACGUACGUAUAUUUAUCGUAUGACACAAGCAAGCAUAUCUCACAUAAAAGUAUUUAUAGAAAAUGUUUAUGUUUGUUGUUCUGGAGAAUUAUUCCUGAAAUUUUGAGUCAUACAAUAUUUUCGUUAUUUAGUCUGUUCCAUACUAUGACAGUUUGAAAAUUCAUUAUUUGUUUCCCUCAUAAGGAGAAAAAAAAAAGCCUUUGAUUUUUUCAUAUCCAUCCGCCAAAAAUAUAUAUCAUCACGUACAUGUAAUAAGAAUGAACUAAAACUCCUCCCUAUUAAAUAUAAACAUGAUUUGAUAGUAUUUAUGUAAUUGAUAAUUUGUUUGGGUUUAAACUUUUCUAGCGUAGCUAUCAUAUGAUGUUGAUUUCUCUCUCCAUUUAAUAGAGAGAUUAUUAACGACAUAUGCUUGAACACCUACCAAUGUAAAUCUGACAGUGAUAAACCAAUGCUGUUUCAAUUUACAGUGUAUUUUUGUUUUAUUUCUUGAUAUGGUCAAAAAAACCUAUACAUUGAAGAAAUGAAACUAGUUAAAUUAUAAAAAAAAAAAUUAUAUAAAAGAAAUAAAUGACGAAUCGUUUGUAUUGAUCACAGGGUAUGUACAUGAAGAAAGAGCGGAAGGGUAUUUACAUGUAGAAAAAGCGGAAGGAGUAAUUUGUUUAAACCGACGAAGUCAAUAAAGCAAACAACCUAGACAUAUCACGUGAUUCCAAAUUAUAUUAGGAAUAUGUGGACAACUUCAAAUUAUCCAAGAAAUGUCUGCCUAAAAUGAAUAUAUUUGAAUCCUCCUUUAGAAAAUAUUUGUGAACAAAAUAUUCUGUUUCAUCUUUAACUUGGACAUCGAUGAACUUCACAUUCUGUAAGCUUAAGAAAAAACAGGAUGAAAGACAGAUGCACCACAAAUUAAGAAAAGAAAAGAAUAAAGAAGAGCACCACCGCAAUCGCUGUAGUGGGAUGCCGGGGAAACGAAACGCCAGGGUGAGGCGGGCAAGCUGGAGCCAAUUCCCGAGAGAAGAACAUAUACCAGACAGGAAUGACGAACAAAAUUUACAAAGAUCGGACAGUGUUCCGGACAUUUCUUGCAAUGCGUCACUCAUUGAAGGGCGCUCAUUUUCCUCUUUAUUUCAAUCAUCACAUGCACAGUCCUGUGUAGAUAUUCCCUGUCAGGUUGAUAAGGAGAACAAUGAAAGUGACAAUGUUUCUACCGAUAUGGAAGAACUGGAGUCAUGCAGCGACAAAACUGAAUUAGAGGAUGGAGUCUCUGAGACUGACAACGAAGACUUAGAUGAUUUUCAGUUCAAACGUAGAAGUUUUGUGAUUCCACAAGAAGACAGCGAAAAAUCAAAAUUUGAAGAAAGCUGUGCUAAUUAUGAAAACGAAGAAAAUGAGGAUGAGAAUUUAUUGCAACAAGAUAUGAUGAAAUAUGGUUUGAACUUACCCGAAAGUAGCGAAAUUGAUAAGAAGCGGGGUUUUUAUGACGAAUUUUUGCCAGUUGACCAAUUAGAAAGAAGACUUCAAUCAAAUACACAACGAUACAAACGUUGCAAAGUUACAAUUCAAGGAGCGCACAUAGCACGGUGUUUAAACCUUGAUGUUCACGAUGAGCUCAAAGAAAUUGAAAUAUCAGGAAGAUCAAAGGCAGGAAAGGUAUUUGAUGGCGACAUAGUAUUAGUAGAGAUAUUUAACUUUGAAAAGUUUACAAAAACUGUCAUUCAGAGAUUACAGAAAGACAUCAAUAAGGACAACCGUUCGCAGAAAAUUUAUGGCAAAAUUAUUGGAGUCUUUGAAAGAAAGAAAGCUAGAAAUAUUGAUCACCCUGUUUUCGUUUGUACUUUGGACGACACCGCAAAUUACCUGAUGCGACCUGUCUGUAGAACGGUUCCAAAGCUUCACCUUGAUCAGGACAGACGGAAAAAAUACAUAAUUCAGGUGUACAAAUAUAACACAAGGUCAUCAAAUAUCGAACCUAACUAUGAAUUUCGAAUCGACCCCGGUAGAAAAUCAAGCUUCGUGUUUUUGGUCGUUUAUUUGUCUUGGUCUAGCUUGUAUCCAAUGGGUGCUGUGAUAGAUGUUAUUGAAGUUGAGGAAAGUUUCUCUUCUGCAAUGAAAAUCCUUCGCCUUCACCAUCAAGUACCACAAUACUAUCAGAAAGACACGGUUGAGUAUACAAAGAAACUACUUGAUGAAUUAGGAUCAAGCCAAAUCACGAGCGAAGAUAAUCGCGAGGAUCUAUCUCACCUCAGGGUCUUUACUAUUGACCCAGAAGGAUCUCAAGACCUUGAUGAUGCUAUCAGCAUAGAAGAAGUAGAUGGCAAGUUUGAAAUAGGGGUUCAUAUUGCUGAUGUAACUGUUGUAGUGAAGAAAGAUGACCAACUUGACUUAGAAGCCAAAGAAAGAGCUUGUACAUUUUAUCCUGGCCAAGGAAUGAAUCCUUAUCACAUGCUCCCCGAACCACUGUCACGAAAUAUCUGUAGUUUAAUUCCAGGAGUAAUGAGACCUACAUUGUCUGUUAUAUACAGAAUGACAAAAAACGGUCACGUGGAAAAUCAACGUUUGAAAAAAUCCAAAGUUAAAUCUUGUAGGAAAUUUACAUACGAGGAAGUGCAAAAAAUAAUAGAAAGAAGACGUCCAGAGAGUGCCUUGGAGGAAGACAUACUUCAACUCUUUGAGAUAGCAAAAACAAUACGGGAAAAAAGACCAGGUGCAGGUUUUCACUCCUUUCCUGUGGAGGUAAAAUUAAAUGACAAUGCAGACUCGGUACUAAAUUCAAGAGAAGCUCAUUACCUUGUUGAAGAGUUCAUGGUAUUAGCAAAUACAUCGGUUGCUGCAUAUCUAAAUAGUCGAUUUCCAAAGGUGAUGCCUCUUCGUUGUCAACCUGCACCCUCUUUGGAAAUUCUCAAAAAGUGGAAAGACCAAAAUCAUCCUUUCUUUCACAUGGUGCUUCGCCUUCAGAAUAUUGAUCCAAGCGCAGGAAUGGGAGGUGAGAAGAUUACAUUGAAUUCUAUUACGCCUCUUAGGUAUACAAGGAUCAUGCCUGUCCAAAAGUGGGUCUGGCAAAAUAUACUCGAUUCACUAAAGUCAGGUGAUAUUCAGUCAGCAAUUCAAUAUAUAUGUACUGACGAACUGCACCCAAACCAGUGUUUGGCAUUAGAGGAGUGGAUAUCUUUCCAGGAAAGUGCUUCGUACAGAUGUAGUGGGACUUUAAAUGAGCCAAGGGAAGGAAUGCACUUCUCAUUGCAGCGAAAGAUGUAUGUACAUUUCACAUCACCAAUAAGAAGAUAUCCAGACAUUAUUGUUCAUCGUCUUCUUCAUGCUGCAAUAGAUAAUCAAAAAUGUCCAUAUUCAGAAUUUGAAGUUGACACUCUAUGUCAAAACUUGAACGAUGUAAUUCGGAGAGCAAAGGCUUUUCAAAAAGAAUGUAGAAUGCUUACCUGGGGAUUUAGAUUAAAGCAAUCCCCACAGAUCCUUCAAGGAUUUGUUCGGGAAGUUUCGGACAGAGCUGUGUCUUUGGUUUUACCCGGACUUCGAACUCUUCCUCAGUUUUGCAAAGAGUUUGAGCUGAAUCUUCUUCACGUAAACGAGAGGCCAAAAUUUGAAAAAGAUACUACAACUGGAGAACUCAUAAUGACACUGAAUUGGUUAUUACGCGUGUAUGAUGUAUCGGGCAAGCCGAGCAGAGAUGAUCGUAAAGCACAGAGAUUGCACUGGUUGUCAGAAGAGGCUAGGAAAGAAGUUUGCAAACGAAUAAAUCCUCACGCCAGAACGAAAUUUGUGCAUCAGGAGCGAUGGAAAGGAUUACUUAAGUCAAUGCUUGAUGGGAAACACCAAGAUCUGAAAAAAUCUAUUUCACAACCGCAAAAGAAUAUGAAAUCGAGAGAUAAAGAAGAAAUGGAUGAAGAUCUUCACAACUAUGUGCCCGCCUGUAAGGAUACAGUAUUAGAUCAUUCGUCUGAAGUUGAAGAUGGAGAAGUGAUUCGUCAAGCAUGUCGAUUUUCUAUGUCCUUUUCUCGUGGACAAGUAGUUUGCGCGCAAAUUACAGCUGAACCACAGAAAGGGGUCCUUGUCCCAUCCUUGCAGUUGCUUGAUAUGACAAAAAACAUUAAGCACUGCUUGCAACACAGUCGCGAUCCAAUUAAGUUCUUGUCUAAAUAUUCAAUAAGCAAAUCAAAAUGUAAAUUUUCUUCAGCUAUUGAAUAUCUGCAAAUUUGGUUGCCAAUAAUCGAAAUGGAAGCUGUUACAAAUGCAGCUCAUAGUGAUUCUCCGAUUAUUAACGGAGUGAGUAUUUUCAUGGAGUCGCCAAACAGAGGACAUUUCAUUCUUGCUCAUUAUUUUUGUGAACAAAGGGACAUUGAUUUUAGUACAAUAUCGACCCAUUUCAUUCUUGUCGGUGAUGAAGAUAACAAAAAUGAAAUCAUUACAAACUCUGAUUUCCUAUGCAUAAGAUCUGAGCAUUCUAUCAGUAACUCUAACGAAAUAAGGAAACCGUCAGAUAUAGACCCAAAUUACAGAUUUCAGUGGGUCCUUCAUGGACAAAUCCACCACAUAGAGAAAAUGACGAAACCCAAACCUGAACGAAAAGUUGCAGAGGAGAUGAAAACAGAGGUCAAUGAAAAGAAGCGAACUGUUAUUGAUAAGUACAAAGUCCAUUUUAAACUUCACAGGGAAAGCAGCGAAGCAAUGACUGAGAUGUUAUCCGCAGAAAAUGGAUACCCUAGCUGCAUAGAACUUGUGCAAAAAUCGGAAACUGAUACUCGGAUGGAGGCUGUUUUGAAAUGUCUUGGGAAAUCGAGCAAGUUAGCACAAGCAAUUGCAUUGGGGGAAAAAACACCAAGAUUAGGGGAAAUGUACUUGGACAAGGUUAAUGAUCUUGAAAUUGAAAUAGAUUUGCCCGGCAUCGAACCAAAUAAUGUAUUUCAAACAGAGGCCAUGAAGAAUUCAUUAACCAAUAGUUUCAGUCUUAUCCAUGGACCGCCAGGAACAGGGAAGACAUACACAGGGAUAAAAUUGGUUUAUCUAUUCGAUAUCAUAAAUGAUAUGCUAAGAUCAGAUGGAUGCGAACAUCAACAAGUCGUUUUUUGCGGCCCGAAUAAUAAAUCCGUGGACCUAGUCGCAAAAUGGAUAUUGAAGAAAUUCACAGAUUUGGCACCAGAUAUGAUUCGCCUAUAUGGCAACUCUCUCGAAAUGAAAGAUUACCCUAUUCCAGGAAAGCAUUUUUCUGUGUCUGCUUCUUCAAACGAAAAUCGACCUGAUCCACAACUGAAAGAUAUAUCCGUUCAUAAUCUUAUUCGUCAAGAGGGAAGUCUCCAUGCUAGUGAGAUAAAGGACUUCGAUGAAAAAUUCGAAGUUUUCAGAAACAACAAGGGGUACAAACCUACAAUUGCAAACAUUCGACGAUACAAACAUAUUACAAGUGAAGCAGCACAGGAAGAAUUGAAGAAACAUGACGUCAUAUUCUGCACCACUGCAGUUACAACCAGUCCACGGUUUAUCAAGGCCACGCGUGGGAAAGUUUUCCAGCUUAUCAUUGAUGAAGCUGGAAUGUGUACAGAACCAGAAAGCAUUGCAGCCAUUAUAGCAACAAAGGCGAAACAGGUUGUUCUAAUCGGAGAUCACAAACAACUUAGUCCUGUUAUCACGUCCACGUAUGCUGGUGAAUUGGGGUUAAAUGUAUCACUGUUUGAACGUUAUUCAAACUUGGCAAAAAUGCUCCGGUUCCAAUACAGAAUGCAUCGAGAAAUAUGUAAAUUUCCAUCAAAACAGUUUUACGAUGGUAAACUGAUAACCAAAAAGUCCUCUGCAUGGGUUACUAGAAAGUCGUUGAGUAUCUGGACUAACAGAGGUAAACCAAUUGUAUUUUGCCACGUGGAAGGAGAGGAAGAAUACCUUACUGUUUCUACAGAAGAAGGAAAUCAACAGUCUUGUAGCAACAAGCAAGAAGUAGACCAUGUGAUUAAAGUCUUUGAAUACUUAGUGAAAUAUGAGAAAGUUAACCCAAGCAAUAGGCAUGCCAUCAACAUCAUGUCACAGUACAAUGCACAGUGUACGAGGAUUCGGAAAGCACUACUGGAGAGGAAAUACAUAAAUAUCAACGUGAACACUGUUGUAGCUAGUCAGGGUGGAGAAUGGGACUACGUUAUUUUCAGCACAGCUCGCUCUCUACCAGAGUACCGCAUUGAGAAACAUCCAACCCUGGGCUGGUGUAAGCAGAACCUGGGGUUUAUAACCGAUGAACACCAGAUAAACGUUGCCUUAACCCGAGCAAGACGAGGACUCAUUAUCAUUGGUAACAAAUAUCUUCUGUCAUGUGACCGUGUGUGGAAGUCACUGAUCAAUCAGUAUGCUAGUGCUGGCUGUGUGACGGAUGUUGAUUACUUUCCUCCACCCCCUCCAGUAAAUACGAGGCGGCGACGGCGGAAGUCACAUCGUGAAAGUCUGGAAUCGGAAGAAGACUUCUAUCAUGGGACAGAUCGCCAACUUAGCAUUGUGGAUGAAGAAAAGGAAUGAGUUCGGUGUUACAUAUGUCUAGUGCAAUACAUAAUGAUAUCGUUAAGAAGUAAUUAUGAGAUGCCAAAAUAAAAUGUCAUCAUCUACUAACUUUGCUUUUUAUGCUUGAACUCUUAAAUUACCCGUGAUAGUGAAUUUAACACUGCAGUACAACAUUUUGUGAUUAGUGUAGGCAUUAUUAUAGUAUGUAUGUAAUAGUUGUGUCUGUAUGUACUUAGAAUGUAUUUGUAAAAGCGAUGUACAUAACCGAUAUGCUUCUAUUUUUGAUUAGACAUAUUUCUUGGUUUAUUUUUUGGUUUAAAAAAGUAUCAGCAGUUUAUGCGUUCAAGUACAUGUAUGUUAGCUUUAUACUAGUGCAUGUCAAAGUGACUAUUUGAUUGAUAGACUGUCAUUUACAGCCACAUUCAUUUACAUUGUUACAAGUCACAAAACGAACAGCAUAUGAUGUUAUUUAAGAUAUAUCUAAACUUGUCUGUGAUACUAGUAUUAGUCAUUUUGUUUUAGUUCACUUUAGUCUACAGCUAAAAUGGACUUUUCUACUUAAAGUUUGUCUGCUGAAUGUCUGUGGUAGAUUUGACUUGUAAAUAUUUUUAGAUCCAUUAUAUCAGUGAAAACGGAGCUUGCCACAAUCUCUGAUUGAAGGACAUUCAAGAUUUUUAGUGAAUGACAAAGACUUCUCUCCUAUGGAAGGUGAUUCAGAAAAUAGAAUAGGACGAUUCUUUUUAAGAAUCACGGGAUCAAAGGGUGAAUUUCUGUAGGGAACGUGUCAAAAGUUGAUAAAUAUUUACUUAAAGGUCAACUGAAACGAUUUUCAAAGUUCGUUUUUCAAAUAAAUUCCGUAAGAAAAUACCAUUCCUUAAAUGUUUUCACAUAAGAAUAAUUUUUGUUUCGAUCAUCCAGGUAGAUACGACAUCGUUAAUUUCAACCUGGUAAAUUUUAUUGUAUGAGUUAUCUGCCCUUUAGGCGAACCUGAUAUUUCAAUAUGGCGGCACGAUAUGAAAAUCAUUCGGAAGAUUGUAUUCCUGAAAUAGAUAUAUCGCUUAGUGUUAAUGUGCAGCCCUGCCAAUACGAACCAGUUGUACAGCGAGACGCAUCCCCACUAGUGGAAAACGAUAGUUAUUCAGAAAACAGCGAGGAUCAAUCGGACGAAUGCCCUUCACCUGUUCACCAUCUGAUAUGCGAGGUCGAUAUGCAAUGGUGAUCAUAUAGGCUAGUAAUGUCAUCGCAAUGCCCUCAAGAAGGGAGUCCAAAUGUUGCAGUGCAUAGGAUUGAAGAAGUGGGCGUGUCCUGCAUCACAGAUCACGAAGGUUUUGUUGUGGCAAACUGUCUCAACAGAUUGGUUAUAGGAACAGCUUAUUAUGAAUGCAUACAAAAUAUUGGUCCCUUGGAGGAGGGGGAAUUGAUUCACAAAUUUUACAGACAUCAUGCAUAUUGGAGAUCUGGUAGUAGCUUGGGAAAAACAAUUGGAAAGUUCUUCUAUCCUGCGUUGUGACUAUGAUAAGAAAUCAUUCCAUCACAACAGUACUGUGGAUUUAAAUACCCUUUGGUAUUAAUUUAAAUGUGUGAUAAAUUCUUAAUGCAUUUUUCAUAAGUGAUAUAAAUAAAUAUAAACAAGUAAACAUAGUUUGAUGUUCAGUUUUUAUAUUGUACAUAAUAUAUAUCACCAAUUUACAUAUAUGUAAUUUGGGUUAAAUCCAAAAGGUCUACAGGUCCCAGUCACCUGAGUUUGACACAUGUUGGUAGGAAUUUGUGAUCGGGGCAGGAGAAUUACCAACAACAUCCAUUAUAUUAACUUCCUGGAGUUUCUGUAGGAGUCAAACUGAUCACUUCCUGCAUCAAUUCAAAGGCUUAAUCUGAAAUAUAACAAAACGUUACAAUUCAAUAAACAUGUACUUAUUGUCUAGUAUUAUGAAUAUCCACUCACAUACAUACUAAUUAUGUGGGUCAAUUUAAAAAAAUGUACAUAUUUGAGGUGAAGAAAAACAAAAAAAUUCAAAUGUCGCAGAAAAUUAAUUUUCAUAUUAAUGAAGCAUUGUAAAAUAAAUGUCUAGAUACUAUUAAAUACCAAUGUUCUUUAAUAUUUUCUAGAUUGAAAUUGCUAAUUUAUUCAAGUAUUUCAAAUAAUUUAAUGCAAAUUAGUAGAUAAAAAUGAAAAUACGUAUGUCAAUGGUCAAAAUUGACCUACAUGUAAAAUUUGUACAUGUAUUCCGUUUCUUUUUCCAACAACUGGAUUUAUUUAAUGAUACAAGUUUAAUUUUCCAUCUCAUAAUUAUAAGAAUAUUAUCAAAACUAUGGUUGUAAGAAAUAUUCAUUUAUCAAUUUCACAAUUUAUCUAUUUAGUAAAUUGUAAAAUUGCUUCUUUUGGGGGGGGGGGGGGUCUGUAACUUGGGAAAUUGGCAUAGUAUCAGCAUGGAUAAAUAAAUAUAUGCUCUGCAUUUAAUUAAUCAAAUGUGGAUCAUGUGUACUUAGUCAUGUUGCAUGUAUAUCAUAAAGCUGAUUAAGUAUACUCGACUAGUGAUAUUUUUAUUGUACUACUACUUGUGUAGAUUUUUCUAUACCUAUUUCUGGAUUUUAUAUUAAUUAUUGUACUUCAGAGAAAACUCAGUACAAAUAUGUGUCCUAUAUAUACUUGUUUUAAAAUCAUUUACCUUUAUGGCAUAAAAAUAAUGAAUUUUAGAAAAAUUUACAAUUUUUUCAUGUUUGACACUGUAUUGAGUUUGUAUUCAAAUUUAGUAACAGUAUCGAGAGUAACAUCAUGGACAAAGUGUAAAAAAUCUAAAGGGCAUGAGUGUAGAACACAAGUGAAAAAAUAUUCAGAUUUUAUACAAAGUUACUUAACAUGCAUAUUGGCUAUGAUUCUAAUUUACACAUUUGCAAAAGUUCACUUCAAUCUAGAAUAAUAUUCAUAGAUAUUUACUUGAUAUCCUUCACCUAACUUGUAUACAUAUGUAUGUACAUGUAUGUUACAUGAACAAUUGAACAUUCAAAGUAUCCAUUAAAUUUACACCAAUGUGUAAUAUUUUUGAAAACAAAUUUGAUAAUACAAUUCAUGUCAUUUUGUGGCUCUAGUACAAAUCUUGCAAUCAUUCCAUAUGUGGUUUGUGUAGUCAUUUCAUAAGUGUUUGUCCCAUUCAUGAUUUAAUCAUUUUGAAUGGCAGGAUCAUAUGACAUUGAAUGGAAUUGGUUGUUUUUGUUGAUUGUCUUGGAAUUGGGUGGUGGGGGAAGAAUGAUUCGGACAUUGUCAUCAACUUCUAACUCAUAUAAACUAAUAUAAACAAAUGAAUGAAAGUAAACUUCAAUUAUGAAUGACUUGUGUGACUGCAUGAAGGGGGGGGGGGGGGUAAUAAAAAUAAGCUUCAGUAUGAAAUAAUUGUGUGACGGGUGGGGGUAGAGGAUAUUCGUAUAGAGAACAAAUAAACAAAUAAAUCGUGUCAUACUAUAUCAAUGUCAAUAAAAAAGCCAAUAUCAUUUACAUCAAAACUUACGUUCUUUUCUCCACAGCUCUGGAAGUUUUGUUUAUGAAGGGGAAAGUCCAAAUCUGUUUUCCGUUUUCGGCCCUUUCAGGUCUUUGUAGCUACGUGUAGCGGUUUGUAAUCAAAGAGAAUUGGGAUUGGCUUUUUCUUUCAUUGCAUUCUUGAGUGUUCCAUGCAAAGACCAUGCCAUGGACAGCUGAUGGACGGCUUAUUAUGUAGGCCUAACAGUCCUCAAUAGAGUGCUUCGACGGCCAAUAAUUAAUCCAUUGUUUUUAAUUUCCCCACCCAAAUUCCGCAAUUUUUUGUGUGUGUAGGGAAACUAAACAUUGUUACUCUGUCUAUAUUAAACCUUACAGUCAGGAACCGCACAAAACACCAUAUUUACUCGUUGUUUACCGGACGUCACCUGCUGAUUAGCGUCUUUAGUUUCAAUAUGGCGGGUUCGUGUAAAGGGGCAUAACUCCCGCAAUAUUUUCUGCUCUGACACAGGUGCGCUAUCUUUAUCCGCGCGUAUCGCGGAUAUAUGACCAAAAUGAACCGAACAAACCCGCACAAUCAUUUUAUACGAUCUAAAUGAAGCAAAUACAUACUUAAUAUGGAAAAAGUUAUAUUUCGUUUCAGUUGACCUUUAAGAUUGCUGUAGAAUAUAACGCAAAAUGUCCAUAUAGAAUAUUUCGACUCAAAUGUUUUCAAUACAUUUCUUCUUUAAAACGAAUUUCAAAUUGAAGACAGGACUCACGGCGGGUUUGAUCGGUGGACAGGGGGAUGCUUACUCCUCUUAGGCACCUGAUCUCACCUCUGGUAUGUCCAGGGGUCCGUGUGUGCCCACCUCUUUAUUUUGUAUUGCUUAUGGGAGUAGUGUGAUUGAUCACUGUUCGUUAUAUUUGCCUUCCAUUUCAACCAUAUUGUAGCACAGCAUCGUCCAACCAAUAUUAAUUUAAACAGAAGGUAACAAGACGUCCCUGACUAAGUAUUAUUUAUACAUGUAUGUACAUUUCUGCGCAUUAAGAAUUUGCAUGAUAAUUUGUUGCGAGAGUCAGACUUUAUCUACUAAUUUCACAGUAUGUGUUCAAGAAUGAUAAUAUUUUGACAUGUAUUGAUAACACAUAACAAUGUACUGACAAAUUGAAUAACGCGCGGUGUGAUACUAUAAAAGAAAAUAAGCCGGGAUUUUAAGUUUUGGUAAGUGGGGACUUAUUUUCAAGUCGUCUUAUUCUCAAAUUGCGCCUAAUUAUCAAAGCAAGAAAUCUGCAGUCCUAAACUAUAUUGAAAGAGAGUAUUAUGUUAAAUUUAUUUUACAACUAUCAAAUAAAAGAGAUAAGAUGUAAAUAUUUAUUUAUAAUUUUUUUUACAAUUACAACAAUGAGGGAAGAAAUAAAUUAGUUUUUCAUUUAAAUAAAUCCAUUUGAAUGGUUUAAAGUAGGGUUUAUUAUAAAAAAAAAACUGGCUUAUUUUCCGUUAUUUUUUGAUUGCAAGAAAUAAGGAACUUGUUUUCAAAAUCGGCUAAUCAUCGAAAGCGGCUGAUUUGAAAGAUUUUUGGGUUUACAUGCCUAAACUUGCGUGUUAUAUGCGCAAUAGACAUUUGUGAUAUCAUUUCAUGCUUAUAUUCAAAUCAUAUCUGAAAAAUGCUUUUUAAAAUGCUUUGAAAUUUUCUUUUUGUUAAAACUGCAAUAGCAAGCUUAGCCUACUAGAUAUUGAUUCUGUUUCACAAAUACCUCUGCCUGUGCAGUGUUAAGUCCCCCGUUUUCAGUUGAAUAGAUUACUGAUUUUUGUUGGAUAAAACACUAAGCUUACAAUGUAGUUCAAAGGGAAAAUAUAGUGAGAUAUAAAUGUAACACAUUGCUCCUAUAGGUAUUCUUAUAUGAUAUAAAACACUGCUUCACUCAAAAGUAAGAUAUUUUAUUUGGAUAGUACAUCGAUGAGUUGCCAUAGCAACAUGUACAGGUUUUUGUAGAGAGCGAAAAGUUCGAAGUGGACUCCCUGUUUUUAAGUAGGAUGCAUUCAAUUUUGAAAUCAUUAUUUUUGGGAGCGGGAUAUACUACAUACAUGUAUAUAUAGGACGUACAAAAUAUAACCAAAUGGCUAAAUAAAAGAUAAAUAGUGCUGUACCAAGGUGUGCAAUAACGUGUUUUGCCUUAUUGCGAGUGAAUAUAUGUAAGGGGUGGGGGCAAUCAUUUCCAAAGCCUACAAUUACGACUCUAAAGCCUGCGGGUCAUAUCAAAUGUGAGCAUUGUGAUAUUUUUAUGAUUUUAUAAUGACUUUGUGUGUACUUGUAAGGAUCUUAAAUAUAACCACCAUUCUGUGGACUCAGUCUCACUAUACAACAUUCAAUUACCUUUAGUACGUUACUAUUUUAAUGUGCUGUUUUAUUUAUGAUACUUAUAUUUACUCCUAUUUCAACUCGUUUUGUUUAACGAAAUCGACAUGAAAAACAUGACUUAAUAUGUUUUAAGAUUACUUUUAGCAAGUUUUGUUUUACAAAUAAAUCCAGACAAAAUG